UGUCUACAUCAACGAAACGUGUGUGAGUUCUCCUCCCAGUCACUAGGUGGCGCUUUCGAGCUUUAAGUUCGCUCGCGUCAGGAAGAAGAAGAUUAUCCAUGUUCCGUUUCCAGGGCGAUUCCGUCGGCGGCUGAAAAGCGCCAAAUCCAAACUCCUGAGCACGACGAAAACAACGAGCCCCGGCAGCAUCCCCCCUCGUUAGCUUCGGGCUCCAGCGCCCCUCGUUAGCUUCGGGCUCCAGCGCCCCUCUAGCGCCUCUCUUGACACACGAGCCCCGGACGUCAUCGGUCAACAUGGAGGAGCUCUUCAGCAGACGGUUACAGGUGAACGUGAGGUGCCGAGACGGCGAGGAGAGCAGGAGAGCAAAUAUCCGUGUCACCAUCGAGCUUCAGCUGACAACAAGUCCAGUACACAAACGGGAUCUUCUCGUGAGGCUGACUGACGAUCUAGAUUCGUAUUUCCUCUUCAACCUCUCGAUAUCAGAAGAAGAUUUCCAAAGUUUGAAAGUCCAGCAGGGGCUUCUCAUUGACUUUGCAUCUUUUCCUCAGAAGUUUAUUGACCUGCUCAAUCUGUGCUAUUCUGAGCAAGAGUCCGACAACCCAAGGUUUCUCCUGCACUUGUCGUAUCAGUCUGCGGUGCUCGAAGGCCCCGCCAACUUCAGUGUCGUAGAGACGAAUGCAUUCAAACACCUGAAUCACUUGUCUCUGCGGCUUGUUCAAGGCUCCGACAAGGAGAUUAAAGACUACCUGGCCGUGUGUCUCUCAUCUCUGAAGGCGGAGAAGCAGGCCCUGGAAACGAAGCUGAAGAAGACCGAAGACGAUCUGUCCAGGCAGCUGAGUUAUGCUCAACAGACGCUGUCGGAGAAGACCAAGGAGUUGGACAAACUGCGUUCAGAGUGGACGGGUCAGAGCAGCUCUCUGUCCAGCCGAUAUUCUCAGGAGUUACAGUUGGAGAGAGAGAAGGCUGCAGAGAUACAGAGCAGGCUUCAGCAUCAGACUGAGCAGCUGCGUCAGGACCUGGAGAGGUCUCACAAGCAGAGCAGCCAGCAGCUUCACAGCAGAGUCACAGAGCUAGAGGCCUCCUGCAGAGAGCUGACCGAGAGGAAGUACAAGAACGAGUCCUCCGUCAGAGACCUGAAGACUAAACUAGUGAGCGCAGAGGAGGAGUGCCAGCGCUCAAAGCAGCAGGUCCUGUCUCUGCGGAGGGAGAACAGCACUUUGGACACGGCGGUCCAUGAGAAGGAGCGUUCAGUGAGCCAGCUGCAGAUGAGAGUGGCCGUUCUCGAACAGGAGGUCAAAGAUAAGGAUCAGCUGAUGCGCCGCACUAAAGAGGUGCUGGAAGCCACUCAGCAGCAGAAGGAAUCAGUGGAAGAAAAUGCUGACAGUAAAGAACUUCAGAUUAGAAAACUUGAAGCAACAGUGAAAUCACUAUCUGAGGAGCUGAUAAAGGCCAAUGGUAUCAUAAAGAAGUUGCAAGGGGAGGUCCGAGGCCUGGUUGGAAAAAUAAAAGUCAAAAACACUGUGACGGUGUCUCAGGAGAAGGUCCUUCAGGACACAUCGGAGAAACUUCAGAGUGCUGAGAAGGAUCUGCAGAGCACCCAGCAGCAGGUUGUCACCAAGGACGAGCAGGUUUCAAAAUUGAAGGAGCAGUUGGAGCUGACGGUUCAGAAGCUGAAUGAAAGCAGAGAAGUGUUGAAAACAAAUGAGAAUGUUAUAAAUUGGCUGAACAAGCAGCUAAAUGAGAAGCAGCUGUCCAGGAAGCCACCGUCUCUUGACCCUGUGGUGAAUCCUUCCGUUUUAUCCACAACCGCCGGACUAAGGGCCCAGUUUUAUCCUCAGACAGUCAAACCUGCUGUAACUCCGGGGGCGGCUGAAGACGUCACUCCUGCCGAGCAGCGAUCAGUGCAGCCAACCACCAGACAGAUGGGCGACUACACCGGUCUGGACUCUAAAUACUUUGAGAGGAGAGAUGACUGCAUCCCAAUCUACGGACUGCCAUCCAACCUGCUUCAUGGAGAGUUCCCUCAGCGAACAAAGCCUCAUGUAGCUUCUGCUUACUUCUCUGCAUGAAGCAGUUAUUACCAUAAUUUCAUUUCAGCUCAAGGUGGAAGUAAAACCAUCACAACUUGUUUUAAUUUAUGUGCUACUGGUCUACAUGUCUGUUUUUAAUUGUAUGGUCAAAGUGAAUGUUUUUAAGCCUGUAUGAAAUGUUCCAGUGAUCAUGGAGAAUGUAUUUGUCUUUAGAUGUCUUAGUAAGUUGUUUGCCAUCUGUUCCGUUGUAUUUCAGUUAUAAAGUGUAAUAAACAGCUUUCUAUCCUCA